AUGGAAGAACUUACGGCGUUCGUCUCGAAGUCUUUUGACCAGAAAGUGAAGGAGAAGAAGGAGGCUAUCACGUACCGGGAGGUGCUGGAGAGCGGGCCGCUGCGCGGGGCCAAGGAGCCGGCCGGCUGCGCGGAGCCGGGCCGUGACGACCGCAGCAGUCCCGCAGUCCGGGCGGCCGGCGGAGGCGGCGGCGGCGGAGGCGGAGGAGGCGGAGGCGGAGGAGGUGGAGGAGGUGCAGGAGGAGGAGGAGCGGGCGGAGGAGCUGGAGGAGGGCGCUCUCCCGUCCGGGAGCUGGACAUGGGCGCCGCCGAGAGAAGCAGGGAGCCGGGCAGCCCGCGGCUCACCGAGGUGUCCCCGGAGCCGAAGGAUCGCAAAGAGGAUGCGAAAGGGAUGGAGGACGAAGGCCAGACCAAAAUCAAGCAGAGGCGAAGUCGGACCAAUUUCACCCUGGAACAACUCAACGAGCUGGAGAGGCUUUUUGACGAGACUCACUACCCGGACGCCUUUAUGCGUGAAGAACUGAGCCAACGGCUGGGGCUGUCCGAGGCCCGAGUGCAGGUUUGGUUUCAAAAUCGAAGAGCUAAAUGUAGAAAACAAGAAAAUCAACUGCAUAAAGGCGUCCUCAUAGGGGCUGCCAGCCAAUUUGAAGCUUGUAGAGUAGCACCGUACGUCAAUGUAGGUGCUUUAAGGAUGCCAUUUCAGCAGGAUAGUCAUUGCAACGUGACGCCCUUGUCCUUUCAGGUUCAGGCGCAGCUGCAGCUGGACAGCGCCGUGGCGCACGCGCACCACCACCUGCACCCGCACCUGGCCGCGCACGCGCCCUACAUGAUGUUCCCCGCGCCGCCCUUCGGACUGCCGCUCGCCACGCUGGCCGCGGACUCAGCUUCUGCCGCCUCCGUCGUGGCUGCCGCAGCUGCCGCCAAGACUACCAGCAAGAACUCCAGCAUCGCGGAUCUCAGACUGAAAGCCAAAAAGCACGCGGCCGCCUUGGGUCUGUGA